AUGCCACCGGGUCCCGACCCCGAGCAGCAGCCCCUACUGUCCUCGGACCGCAGGCGCCUCGUCGGCCUCCACGGCGACGGCGACAUCGUCGACUGCCACAUCCGCAAGAUCCACGGGGACGAUACGCCGGUGCUGCGGUUGCGGACGCAGCUGCAGGCCUUCCUGGCCUCGAAAUGGGGCCACUACUUUGUCAUCGUGCUGGUGUCGCUGGACAUCUCGUCCAUCUUUGCAAACUUCCUGAUCCAGCUGCAUGUCUGCGAGCACACGUGUGGUGACAAGGCCGAGGCUGGCUUCGAUGCGCGGCCGUGGGCGCAGGCGGUCGAGGUGCUGGCCGUCUUCAGUUUGCUGUUCAGCAGUCUGUUCAUGCUGGAACUGGUCGGGAGCUUUUUCGCUUUCGGUCCUAGCUAUUUCCGCUCUCCAUUCCACGUCUUCGAUGCCGUGGUCAUCAUCGCCGCCUUCGUGAUUGAUCUGCUCCUGCGCGGGCCGCUCGAGGAGGCCGGCUCGCUCAUUGUCGUGCUGCGGCUCUGGCGCGUGUUCAAGAUCAUCGAGGAGUUCAGCGCGGGCGCGGCGGACGAGCUGGAGGACAUGGCGCAGCGCUUGAGCCACAUGCAGGACGAGAUGACGACGUUGAAGCGGGAGAACUCGACGCUGAAAUUAAGGCUUGAGGGCGAUGGCAACGGUAGGAUUCACAAUCUUUGA